AUGAUGAGUAUGAUAUUCCGAAGUGCAGCCGCCACAUUCCAGUAUGGGCGUGUGAUUAAUCCAUGGCUGAUGCUGCCACCAACAUUCGACAGGAGGCACGGCGGCAUGGCGUACAACUUCUACAUCCCGGCAGACUCCUCAGUGGUGCGGAUCAACAAAUACGGCCCGGGACGGGACCCUCCCUGGGUCCCGGACGACAAUGCCACGGUGGUGGGGUCUUCCCACGGGUGGCUAGCAUUGAUGAACCGCCGCAACAACGAGGUGUUCCUGUCGAACCCCAUCACCCGCCGCCACAUCAAGCUCCCCCCCAUCGACUCCCUCCCGAACCCCGAGCUCAACCUCCGCUGCGCCCAAGCCCGCGUCUCCAAACUCAUCCUCUCCGCCUCCCCCGACUCCAAAGACUGCCGCGCGGUGGCCUCAUUCGGCCCGCACGACCGCCUCGCCUUCUGCCGCCCCGGCCACAGCCACGAAUGGGCCCCCGUGGGCCAGCUCUUCAUGGACCUUGACCAGCCCAGGUUCAAGUACGCUAAGAGCUACCAAGAUUUCGUCUUCUCGAGCAAGAGCAAGAGCAAUAGCACCGUCCUCACUUGCCUCACCUUUUCCGACCUCCACAGCCGGGGCUUGGAGGACUGGGACCUAACCGUCCUGGACUCUCCAAAACUGGUGUGGAUCCGAGCGCAGAACGAUGAAGCCAGGCCGGAUGAUCCGGUGUCGUCGGUGGAGGAGCACCUGGCGUACGCGGAGCAAACGGAUGAGAUGUUCCUCGUCUCCCGUUUCUUCGAUGAAGCCGAACGCGCUACUUUUGGAUUCGUUGUAAGUAGAGUGGUGAAGGAGGGCGGCGGAUGGAUGAGCACCUUGCGAUGUUCCUUGGGGGAUAUGGCGUUGUUUGUAGGAACCAACCACUCCUUUGCCAUCCCCAAUUUCAACCCCAAUUCUAUUUACUUCACCGACUCUAAAUCUCAUCAAGGCCGGGGAGAUGUCGGAAUAUACCAUUGCGCCCCACAGACUUUCUCAAAUUGCUACUAUCCCAUUCCCAAUAAUGAUAUUAUUGAUAUUGCUGCUGGUCCCUCACCCAUUUGGUUUACUCCAACGCUUACUUGAUUUUUUUUGUUUUGUUACACUACUAUGUUUUGUUUGUAGGACUAUUUGAUUAUACUUAACUUUUGAUUGCUUCAA